GCAUUCAAUGCAAACAUGUCCAGGGCCCCGAGCCCCCCACCUCCGUCUGAAAUGUCCAAUGCGCCCAUCGCAGAAAGCUGGUGCUACACACAGGUUAAGGUUGUAAAGUUCUCUUAUAUGUGGACCAUCAACAAUUUCAGCUUCUGUCGUGAAGAAAUGGGCCAAGUUCUCAAGAGUUCUACAUUUUCAGCAGGCACCAAUGAUACAUUGAAAUGGUGCCUACGCAUACACCCCAAGGGUCUUGACGAAGAGAGUAAAGAUUACCUAUCGUUGUACUUGUUAUUGGUCAGCUGUCCCAAGAGUGAAGUCUACGCCAAGUUCAAGGUUUCUAUUCUUAAUGCCAAGGGAGAGGAAACCAAGGCUAUGGGUGAAACUACUUGUAUUUAAGUAUCAAUUCACGUCAUAUGUGUAUUUGGUAACAGGAUUAUAUCAUAAUCAGCCAUUAUUUAU